UUUUUGCGUUUUCCAUCACUGCAUCACAGGUAAAUGUCAACUAUAGUUCAGCAAUUUGCUGCAAAGCGUCAGGCAAAGACGCUUUAUAAGAGCUGUGUAGGAACUCAAUUUGCUGUAACAUAGUUUAUUAUUAUUUGAAGUGAAAGUAUUAGAAAUUAUCACAAAUAGGAAUAAAUUGCAAUACUUUGUCGGUCGAAAGUUCGGUUCGAAAGUUAGCUGUCGUGUACGAUCACGGACAUAAAGUUUAUAACAAAAGCACGGAAUGAGGAGGCUUGGGCUGCAAUAGCAGUUGAAUUCUAAGAAACGGGUAUGGAUUUCUUAUUAGUAAUUAAGCAAUAAUUGUGGUUGGUUACUGGUCUUCAAUACUAUGCAAUAAGUGUAUGCGUUCAUGAAUAAAAAACCUUCAAAAAACAAUAUUUUACAUGGAUUGUUUGUUCAAGACAGGAUGCUUUCUAAAAAAAUGAAAAAAUGAAAAAUAUUUAUUGCAAAUGUUUAAAUGGAAAAACGCAUCAGCAGUUGGUGGUUUUCAAACCAACACCUUUGAAAUUAAAGUUUAUUUUUAUUGUUUUUGAAAUGCAAAAAUCCUUUGAUAUAAGUGAAGAACAUAAACAUGAGAGUUCCCUACUAAUUAAAUUUAAUGUUUAAUUAUCCCACUUUCAAAUGACUUUGAUAAGUGUUGACCAGAUAUUUAGAAUAUCUGGCAAUAUCUAGCAAUAUCUAGCAACAUCUGGCAAUAUCUAUCAAUAUCUGUCAAUAUCUGGUAACCAUAGUAAGACAUUUGAGUGAAAUUUUUUGCGAGCUCAGCGUCAUUGCGGAAGUGGACAUGUUUUAUAAAUAUUCUUAAUUGGAUAUAAUUGGAAUAUUAGCAAAUUUAAAAUGGAUAACACAAUAAAAAUAAAUCCAACAAGCAUAAUUCAAAUUGGAGACUUCAAAAAUCCAAAAUUCUCCGGUUGUGUUUACAAGAAAUAUUGGGGUAGAAAGGAGUAUUUGAAUUGUGAAAAUUGGACUUCUGCUUGCAGAAAAUAUAAAUGGAUUGCAAGAGAUGAAGAAAAAGGUUACUAUUGUGUAUGUUGUGAUGUAAAAAUUUGUCUAAAAAGGCUUAAACGCCACAGCAAAUCAAUUUUACAUAAGGAAUUUUCAUCAUAUCAAUUGGAGUUUAUGGAAUAUAAAGAACUAAAUAACUCAAAUAUGCACUUAAAGAGAGAAAUUGAAUCUAAUGAUGAAGCCUCUAAUAAAAUGAGAAAUGAGUUGUUUAAUUUUAAUGAGUUUCUAGAUUUCAUUUGGUAUCAGUGGUUAAAAAGUUAUUACUGGCUCGAACGGGGUGAAGGAACAAUUGGUAUGUGCAAGUUUUGCUUAAUUAAAAUAAAUUGCAAGUAUAUUCACUUGCGAGAACGCCACCAAAGAUCCCAAGCACACAAAGACGCAGUUAAAUUGAAUGGAUCGGGAGAGGAGAAUGGCGUCUUUACUAUGAAUAAUUGGUUGUUAACUCUAACUAAUUUUAAAGAACAGAGCUAUUGUGUGCUCUGUGAUAUUUACAUAAAAUCAAUUUAUUUUAAACAUCACACUAGAGGAUGUAAUCAUACGAAAUUUCUAACAUUAAUACACAAGGAUCAAUCGAUAGUAAAUGAAACUGCAGAAAAAAUAAAGAAUGAGACUUUGUUCAUAAUUAAUAGUAAAACUUAUUCGUGUAUUAGUGACGAGUUACGAAAGAAGUAUGAUUGGGUUUCUUAUGACGGUCAAAAUGCAUUGAUGGCAUUUUGCAAAGUUUGUAAUAAGAAUAUUACUCUCCCUUGGUCUGAAACUAAGUUGAAGUUACAUGAAAAAAUUGCUCAUGGAGAAUACAGAACGAACAUAUAUAAAAAUUACGUGGAAAGUUCUCAAAGAAUUGAGGAAUGCGAAGAGAAUGUGUACCAAACAAAACGUGUGCAUCGUACAAAAAAAAAUAUGAACACUAAACGUGCAAAAUACGCUGAAGACACGCAAUCAAACAAAGAUGAAGACGAAUCAGAAUCGGAUACACUCGUAUCAACUAGAAAUACAUAUGACUUAUUUUUUAGAAGUGUAAGCGAAACUGUCAAAAGGCUACCCAGAUAUUUGGCAGUGGAAGCUAAACUGACCGUCUCGAAUAUCAUCUAUGAUCUCGAGAUGCGUGCAAUGAGGCGGUUAUAGUCAUUUUUAUUUAUAUAAUAUAAGUCAACACCUUGACUAUGCAGGUGUUGACUUAUCCACAAUUUGUGUUAAUAUAUAAAUCAGAUGUUCCGUUUUGAAAUUGAAUUCAAUAACUAUUAAAUUAAUUAAUUACUUAAUAAAGUAAGAAUGUUUAAAACUUUUCCAUAUCUUUA